GGCCCUGCGCUGCGGGAAGGCAGGUGAGGGCUGGCGGCCGUCAGCCCGGUCCUUGUCUUGGCGUUCCCUGCCCCGCCGCAGGCGGCGGCUGAGCUCGUUUGUCCGCGCGUGGUGUUCUGUCGCCUACCUGCAGCCUCGCCCGGGGGAGCUGCCGGGGUUCUGGGCGGCUGUCGGAGUCAUGGCUUGGAUGACUUACAUUUCCCACUGGUUUGAUGAAGAUGAUUGGCAUGAAGGACAGAAACGAGCAAAAAUGUCAUAUGUUAGACAAGUGGGUCUUCUAGCUGCUGGAUGUCAGCCAUGGAACAAAGAUGUUUGUGCUGCUAGUGGGGACAGAUUUGCCUAUUGUGCUACACUUGCUAUUUAUAUUUAUCAGCUGGAUCACCAAUACAAUGAAUUCAAGCUUCGAGCAAUUAUGUCUGAGCAUAAGAAGACAAUCACAGCCAUAUCUUGGUGUCCACACAAUCCUGACAUGUUUGCGAGUGCCAGCGCAGAUAGUUUAGUAAUCAUUUGGAACGUGACUGAACAGAAAGUUGUGGCCAAGCUGGAUGAUACAAAAGGAAUUCCUGCAUCACUUAGCUGGUGCUGGAAUGAAGGUGACGCAGUUGCAUUUGUGUCCCACAGAGGUCCCUUGUACAUUUGGACUAUCUCAGGACCUUUGAGCGUGGUAACGGCGCAUAAAGGAGCACACAGCUUCUUGUCAGAUAUCUGUCUGUUUAGGUGGCAUCCAAAAAAAAAAGGGAAAGUAGUCUUUGGACAUACUGAUGGAAGUCUGUCUAUUUUUCAGCCAGGUUCUAAAAAUCAGAAGCAUGUCUUAAGACCAGAGUCUCUUAAAGGAACAGAUGAAGAAGAUCCAGUUACAGCACUGGAGUGGGACCCUUUGUCAAAUGACUACCUUCUUGUUGCUAAUUUACAUAAUGGCAUUCAACUAGUUGAUUCAGAAUCUUUGUCCUGUAUCACAAAAUUUAAUUUUCCCAGUGCAGCAGCAUCUGUUCAGUGUUUAGCCUGGGUUCCUAGUGCACCUGGAAUGUUUAUAACUGGAGAUUCUCAAGUUGGUGUGUUACGUAUUUGGAAUGUUUCACACACGACGCCUAUAGAUAAUUUAAAAUUGAAGAAUUCUGGUUUCCAUAGUUUGCAUGUACUAAGUUCUCCUCCAAAGAAGAAGUCAUUCUUGUUUCCAUCUCCUAUUAAAUAUUCUCAUACAUCCUCGACAAGUGAGGCUGUUCCUCCUCCAACUUUAUCACAAAAACAAGCGUUUUCUCUUCCUCCUGGCCAUGUUGUCUGUUGUUUCAUGGAUGGUGGUGUUGGCCUUUAUGACAUGGGAGCCAAAAAGUGGGAUUUCCUUAGAGAUUUGGGACAUGUUGAGACCAUCUUUGAUUGUGAAUUCAAACCUGAUAACCCUGAUCUUCUUGCUACAGCUUCAUUUGAUGGCACGAUAAAAGUUUGGGACAUAAAUACUUUAACAGCAGUUUACACCUCUCCUGGCAAUGAGGGGGUUAUUUAUUCUAUUUCUUGGGCUCCAGGAGAUCUGAACUGCAUAGCAGGUGCAACGUCCAGAAAUGGUGGAUUCAUCUGGGAUGUCCCAAGAGGCAAAAUAAUAACACGAUUCAGUGAGCAUGGAAAGAAUGGAAUCUUCUGCAUUGCCUGGAGUCAUAAAGAUUCCAAAAGAAUAGCAACCUGCAGCGAUGAUGGAUUUUGUAUUAUUCGAACCAUUGAUGGCAAGGUUCUUCACAAGUACAAACAUCCAGCUGCAGUGUUUGGCUGUGACUGGAGUAAAAACAACAAAGAUAUGAUAGCUACUGGUUGUGAGGAUAAAAAUGUUCGUGUUUAUUACUUGGCAACUAGCUCUGAUCAACCACUGAAAGUUUUUACUGGACAUACUGCAAAGGUGUUUCGUGUACGGUGGUCUCCUCUGAGAGAAGGAAUCCUCUGCAGUGGCUCUGAUGAUGGUACUGUUCGAAUAUGGGAUUAUACACAGGAUGCUUGUAUAAAUAUUCUUAGUGGACAUAGAGCUCCGGUACGAGGAUUGAUGUGGAAUCCUGAAAUUCCAUACCUUCUGAUAUCUGGCAGUUGGGACUAUUCAAUUCAAGUCUGGGACACAAGGGAUGGAACAUGCUUGGACACUGUGUAUGAUCAUGGUGCAGAUGUAUAUGGAUUAACAUGUCAUCCUAGCCGACCGUUUACUAUGGCAUCUUGCUCUCGUGACUCUACUGUGAGACUUUGGUCGUUGACACCGCUUAUAAAUCCUCUACCAAUAAAUAUCUUAGCAGAUAGAUGUUGGGAUGAGGUUAUUGGUAAUAUAGAUCGUGCUGUAGAAUCCGGUGCUCCUCCUUUGCUUUGUGGUAAAGUUUCCAGAGAUAUUAAGCAAGAAGUGGAAAAGAUGAUAGGAAAUCCUCGAGGAGAAAAACUAAGGUGGUUUUCAGAAUGUUUUUCACCUCCAGGAGGCAGCAAAAAUUUGUGGGAUUUAGUUGCUGUAAUAAAAGGACAGGAUGAUAGUCUGCUUCCACAAAAUUACUGCAAAGGAAUUAUGCAUAUCAAACAUCUUGUUAGAUUUAAAAUGUCUGAAGCGCAUGAACUGACAGCAGUAAAAAUGUCCAAGUUUGGAGGUGGUAUUGGUGCACCAAGUAAAAAGGAAAGGCUUAAAGAAGCUGCAGAAAUACAUUUAAGAUUAGGACAAAUUCAGCGGUAUUGUGAACUGAUGGUAGAGCUUGGAGAGUGGGAUAAAGCACUCUCAGUUGCACCUGGUGUAUCGAUGAAAUAUUGGAGGAAGUUAAUGCAAAGGAGAGCUGAUCAGUUAAUUCAGGAAGAAAAUGAUGAUGUCAUCCCAUACUGUAUAGCUACUGGAGAUGUGAAGAAACUAGUUGCUUUCUUUACUUCAAGAGGGCAGCUUAAAGAGGCUCUGCUUGUUGCACAGGCAGCUUGUGAGGGAAAUAUGCAAAUGUCACCGCUCUCCACGAUGAGUGGAUCUUCAAAUUCUGAUUUAAACAAUACAGAUGAUUAUAAUGUGCUUCUUCAGAAGGUCAAUGAAGAACUGGCAGAAUGGUAUUUCCAAGAUGGCCAUGCAGUGCUUGCCGCAUGUUGCCAUCUGGCUGUUGAAAACAUAGAGCUUGCAAUGGCAAACCUGAUUCGUGGAAAUGAACUGGAGUUGGCAAUCAGUGUGGGUACUGUCUUAGGAGAAAGUGCAGCGCAAGCAACACAUUAUGCCCUAGAAUUACUAGCAAGAAAAUGUAUGACAGUAACAACAUGCUUUCCAUCACUCGGAUACAGGGACUUAGCAGCUGAUCUUCUUAUGAUGAUUCCUGAUAAUAAACUGCAGUUGAUAAAACUUUGUGCUUUUUAUCCUGGAUGCACAGCUGAAAGAAAUGACCUACAUGAAAAGUGUAAUCUUCCUGAUGUAGAAGAGUGUAUGCGAUUGGCAGAAACAACUGAGGCAGACGGUGAUAUAUUUGAAACUAUAAAGUACUAUCUGCUAAGCAGUGAACCAGAAAAAGCUCUCCCUAUUGGCAUUCAGUAUGUGAAAGAACAACUCUGUGGCUCAGAUUGGACUUUAGAUUCAGUCUGUCCAUACCUCGACCUUCUAAGUUAUAUUCGCACUGAACAAUUAAUGUUGAAUAACUGUACACAAUUUCGGAAUGAGUUGCUAAUUUUGUGUGGUUACAUCGGUGCUUUACUUGCUAUCAGAAGACAGUACAAUAGCAUUGUACCUGCACUUUAUGAAUAUACAAGUCAGCUUUUAAAAAGACGUAAAGUAUCUGUACCGUUGAAAAUCGAACAGCUGUCUGAGGAACUAGGUGCAUGGAGAGCCUUCACUCAAUCAACCAAACCUACCAAUGAAUUGCCAUGCACUCCACCAUCUGAGUCACAGAAAAAGGUGUAUUCAAUACUGGUAUCACGAAUACAAGAGGAACCUCUGAAAGGAAUGAUUGGGCCUGACUACGUCACUGGAUCAAAUCUUCCCAGUCAUUCAGAUGUUCACAUCUCUUGUUUGACAGGGCUAAGGAUACAGGGUCCAGUGUUCUUCCUUGAAGAUGGAAAAUCUGCAAUUUCACUGAAUGAUGCUUUGAUGUGGGCCAAAGUGAAUCCGUUUUCACCGCUAGGAACGGGAACACGACUUAACCCAUUUUGAUGCAGCAUUUUCCUCUUAAAAUAACAGUGAUUUUCAAAGGACAGAAAGAUGGUAGUCCAGCUCUCUUGGGAGGCAAAUACUUGGACUUUUAAAAUAGUAAAAUGAGAACAGAAAAAAAAGAUUUCUGUAGAAAUGUUUGUUGAUGAUCCAAAGAAGUAGUUAUUGAGAAUCCAAAGAAAAAAAUCCUGACUUAAUUGACAGCCAUGUUUUUUUAAUUGAAAAUUGUUGUCAGACAAUGCAGACAUAUUUCAGCUAAACUUGCGUAAACAAAUGCCUUCUAAAGCACAUAGGCAACCCUACGCAUCAUCGAAAUGCAGAUAAACUGUGAAAUUCAUAAACACGCUUUCAAAGGAUUAAUGAUAGCCACUGCAACUUGUUUUUAGAAUGACUGGAAUCACACAGUGACCACUUUUUUAAUUUUAAUUAGUUUUUACACAGGAUUCUAAAGCAAAAGUACAAUUUCAAAGGUGCAUAGAUGGCUUUUGCGUUCAUUAGUUACAUGCAUCAUUAACAGCAGUGCAAAGAUGUUUAUUAAUGUUUUGUUUACAUAGAAUUGAAUGUCUACAUUAUAAUAGUCUAUUUUUUAAUAAGUUCAUCUUUGGCACCUUGUCCCCCUUAUACUGUCACUGAAAGCUAAGAUGUAUUUAUAAAACCUUUUUUUUUUUAACAAAGCCUUUGUAAGGAACAAACAGACAAUGUAGUAACGUUAUUAAAAUACUUUAUGUACACUUAAAAUGCAUUCUUUUUAUGUUUUAUAUUAGUUACAAACAUACACGUAGUAUGAUGGACGAGAAACAAACACUUGUGCUUAGAUUUUUAUUUACUGAUUGUCAUGGUUUUGUGGUAUAUUAGUGGUAUUCCGCAUCAUAACAUCAUGCAGUGCACUGCGAAUUAAAGAGUUAAUGCUGCAGCUCCGGUCUCAGAAGAGAAUGAACCACAAUUCACAGAAGACUUCACUUUUUUCAUUUCCAUUUUCUGUUAAGAGGGAAAGAUAAAACUGACUGUAAGUCAUGAGAUUGUCUUUUGUCUGCUUUGGCUCCAUGUGCUCGCUGUCUGUCUCACCUACAGCAAUUAGAGUAAGGCCUUCAGUUUUUAGAUACUCUCUCAUUUAUUUUAUUAGACUCAAUUCUAAUUAUAUUGCAUUAUCUUGCAUUCCAUUAUCAUAUUUAGUAAAUUUAGCUUGUUGCCACUGUUAUUGUUUUUUUUUUUUUUCCCCCCAAGUAGGCCCAUCUCCAUAGUUUUUCCCUGCCCCCCUUCCUUUUUUCCAGGGCAUGGUCCAUGGGUUCCUCUACCCUAUUAGUCACAGAAUUAGGCCAGAUCAGGGCUGGAAUCAUGACACUAAUUCUGUGCUCAAACAGGAAGAAAGUUAUGGCAGUAGAAUACUAAGAAUAUUUAAAUUUUAAAGUUGUGUAUCAUAUGCAAUUUAUCCUAUGAUUGGAAUUACUAAUCUGUAGAAGACAUGCUUUGGUUAGAUUUUUUUUUCAGCUUGAUGGCGCACAAGCAGAAAUCUACCUGACCUUCAUUACAGUUUUGAGAGCUGCUUUAAAAUAAAUAUAAAAAUCCUGCUAGUUACUUAAAAUACAAAGAAGUUAUAAUUAGAAAAUGGCAGAACUAUGUCUAGAGCAAUCCUUUUAAAACCAGCAGUAAUACAGGGUGGUUUUUAGUAGAUCGUAGCCAGUUCUCAAGAGGUCUAUAAGCAGUGACCUCACCUAUCUAGAAAUGACAAUGUCAGCAUGCCAGGAAUGUAUGAUGGAGGUUAAAAAUCAACAGUUCCCACUCUUUGUAUCUCUCUUUUGAAAGAAUUCAAUUUUUCCUUGUCUGUUCUAGAGUGGUAUUACACAAUUUCUGGGAUAAGAAUAUAUUGGGGAAAAAAAAAUAGCUGCUUUGUUAUGUGAACAAAAAUGUUUGUUCAAAUGCAGGUGUUGGAACGUAAUAAUUUACUUCUUGCAGAUAUUGUUUGAAAAAUGUUUUCCCUUGUUCAACCUUGUGGAGUUUGGAGAAUUAGAGUUGGAUUUUUGAACUAAAAAUUCAUAGUUUGUGGCAGAAUUUUCCAACACUAUCUGAUGGGUUGCUUCAAAGAUGAAAGAUUAUUUCUUUUACCACAUAAAUCAUACAAUUUUGUGUGUGAUAUCUGUUCAUAGAAAAUUGAUGAGCAAAACUAAGAAUCGAAUUUGCAGCCUCGUGUCUGAUGAUAGGGUCUAAAGAACUGGCUCAGCUGGCACUCUGCUCUAUUUCGAAUGUUUUUGCUACAUUGUAAGGAUUUUUACACAUUUCAUAACUUAAGUAUCUUAAUAUGUAGUUUAAUUGCAUCAAUUUGUUGCAAGUAAGUUGUGCCUUAACACAUAACCUUAGGCAGAUUUUACUCCCUCUUCAAACUAGAGAGGGAGGGUUAAUUAUUGUUUCAUUGUUGAAAUAAAAUAAGUCAUUGUGAAUAAAAUGUUUGCGUUUUCUCUACUGCAGUUUUAACCCCAUGUGGUGGCGGAAAGGAAUGUUCUUCGUUAUCCAGCACAGCUAGUCAAAUACAGGUAUUUUCCAUUAAUAUUUAAGAGUCCUUUGUCUUCAAGUCACUGUUUAAUUUUUCUGUAAUAAUGAGUAUUUCUGUUUGAAUGAAGAAAUUUAGCUCUAUUAAUAGUGUUUUCUAAUUACUGUAAAUCUCAGCAUAUCUGAGAUGUUCGUGUCAUUUUAUCCAUACAAAAUCAAACUUGUUCUGUUGAAAGAAUCUGACCAUUACUGACAUGUUUAAGCUUCACAGGCUGUAGCCAAAUGGGAGAUCCUCAAAGCGUAACACUUUCCUAGGUGGGUUACAAGACGAUAUGGAAAGAAAGUCAUGCUAUAAAUUGUGCCUUUAAAAUGAGAUAUGACACUUUAAAUCUGGGUUGUUAAACUUCUUCACAGGUGAAAAUUAUUAAAUCCAGAAUUACAGCAAUUUAACAUUGCACUAAUGCAAGAAAGUACUUGCCUUCUCUGCCUUCUCUAAAGAAUGAAGUUAAACUACCAAGUUUAGAUACCUUUUUCAGAAUAGAUAUUACUUUUUUUCUUAAAUUGAAGCUUUUACCAUUAUGUAGGAAUGAAAAUCCAGAAUCUUUGCUCUUGGUUAAAAUGACUGAAAACAAAGAAAGCAAAAAAAGGCACUUGUGAAGACUGUGUAUUUAUAUCUUAAUUUUCUUCAUGUACAGUUGUUAGCACUCUGUAGACUCUGAUGUUGUAUCAGUACCAUCUGUGUCAGAAACCUUCACUGAUACAUAUCAACUCUUGUAAGAAAUGAAGCUGAAAUGGAUGCUAGGCAAUAUUAUAUGAACAAAUAAAUUACAGUACUGUAGAAAUAAAAUCUAUAUUGUAGAACAUGAUAUUAGCUAGUUUUUUUUUUAAAUUUAUUUAGCUUUGAAUGAAUUAGUGCCUAAUUAGUGGUAAACUUAGAUUUCUCUUUAUUGAUUAUGCAGUCAACACAAUUGUGAUUGAGAGAGGGUUUGUAUUUAGAAGUUCUAUAUCUCUCUGGUUCAUUCUUUCAGCAGUAUUCAGAAGGUUCCAAAUAUCAUGGGAGAGGAGCUGUCAGCUGUUUUCCCUGAAGUUCUUUAGAAUGAACAUAUUUUUUCUCUGGUUUCUGAUGAAUCUAUAUGCAAAUAGGUGGGAAAAAAUCAUGACAGUAUUAAAAAAAAAAAUGUUGUAAUCAGAUUUAAACUCAGUUUAGAUUUUUAUGGUUAAACUCUGAAGCGUCUCAUCUUCCCUUGUGAAGAAACCAUUUUAGCCCUACAUAUAAAGACAGUGCAGUACCAUUUUUGAGGGUGUCAUUAUUUAAACCAACACAGACUAUUUUUGAUGGCAAAAAAGGAAGAAUAUAUACAAACAAGCUGAAAGCUAAUUAAUCAGAUCAAUUUAUGACUAUUGCCAUCAGUACCCAGAAGAGCCAAGCAGGAUUUCAGCAUAGUGAAUGUACCCAAAUUAAAUCAAAGCGCUGAGAAAGGUAAGGAAAGCAUUUUUAAGUAUUAAAAUAAUUACCGCUGGUGCUGCAUUAUUAGGGAAAAACUCAAAGCAAUCUGAUCUUAAAAGAUCAAUUUAACACUGCUGACCCUCUCCAAAUCUCCUAUUUUGUAAGAAGUUGUAGCUUCAAAGUUUUUAAACACAUCUCUUGGUUGCCUGUAUAGCAAAAGUAAAAAUUUUUAACACCUACGUGAUCCAAAAAACAAACUUACAUGAGGUAACAGAUGCUCCUUUGGGAUACUAUCUGUAUUCAUACAGGCUGUGAUACAAUUCAAAUGGUGAACCACACGCUGUCCAAAACAUGGUUUAAUGUUAAACCGUCCUUUAAGACAAAAAUGCCACAUUGCUCGUUUCAGCAGUAUGUUGAGCAUCUAUCAGUUAGUUGUUUAUUUCUCCAGUUUAUUUGAAAACAGUUACUACCCCUAUCCCCUAUUUUACUUAAAUACUCAGAUGAUCUGGCAGCUGUAUAAAAAUAACACCCUCAAAAGAAAAGGGGAAACAUUUAAGAUAUUGUAAGGUAAAAGUGCACUGUAUCUUCUUUUCAAACAGGAUAUUUUUGGGAUGUUUAAAAAGAUGAAAUGGUUUCAGCAUUUUUUUAUUUAAUGUGUGAGAUCGUAAAUAAGCAUUAAACAAAAUGUUUAAGAUGGCACAGUAUGUCUUGAAACCACACAAGCUCCAUUCGAACAACUUCAAAAUAUUUCAAGACUGUAAUCAUUAAGUCACUGCAGUUAAACACACUGCUUGGCAAAGAAAGUCCUCUACUGGAGAAAACAAAAAACUAAACAGCCAAAAAGAAGCCCCAAACUGAUUAUUUAUGUCUCGAUGAUGAUCCAGAGCAAAUUUUUCAUUUGACCUGAAUGAAGUUAAAAGACACUUCUUGAAGUCUGAUAUCUAAUUUCUCUUUGCUUAAGCUUUAUUUACUCCUGCAACUACCAUCGAUAUACUCCUAGUAUGCGUAAUGGUACAUAAAAAGUUUCAGAUAUUUUGCUUUGGUCUGUGGCAUAGGAGAGAUUGACACUGGAAUGUUAGGCUUAAAUUUGCUGCCAGCAUUUUCAGAAGGAUACAGAAAACUCACAGGAGUGCAGCAAAAGGCUCCAAAAUGAAAACAAACCAGAGAACUCAAUUUAAUUUUGGAAACUAUGGUGGCAUGGUUGAGAUGUUUCUUACUGGAGAUAAAGUAUCCUCCAUAAAAGGACAUCCUUUAGUUAACGUUGGUUAUGAAGCUGAAUGUAAGGAAAUUCAAGUGAAAUUCAAGCCUGAGGAGAUCAAAGUAGGCAGGCUUAUGAUCUCUUCAGACUCAAAAACAUGCAGACUGGUUGCAGUGGGGUUAAUGCAUGUGAAAACAUGUGCCUGCAAGACUGAGGGACAUUUAAAGGUCAUAUAGUGUGUCUUGGAGAAGGGCAAUAAACAUUAAAAUGAACAGAAUUAUAAUCACUGAUUGAUUUUAAAAAUGUCUUUCACUGUUGAAGAUCAUUUGAUGUAUCAGUGACAAAAGACAACUGAUCUAACUCCUAACACUCACAUAAGUUAAAUUAACCUAAUUAGCAGAAAGUAAAUAAUCAGCUUCUGCAUUGUCCUUUCACCUUUUCUUAAAGCUGAAGAAACCCAGUUCUUUUCCACUCCUCAUACAUCCUACGCACCAGCCCUCUAGCCACAGUGGUGGCCCUUCCUCAAUUAUGGUAAUGUACAUUUGUACUGAGUAGUUCAAAACAAGAGUACUCCAGAUGCAGUCUCUUAAGUGCUGUAAUGAGGUUAAAAAAUCACUUCAAAAGUGCUGGUGUAUUAUUGUGAUAAUGACAACCCACAAUGCCCCUGGCUGCCCAUGCUGUAUGGGCACUCUUCACCUUGUCCACCAGGAAAAGUUUUUCAGUGCAAAGCUCUUCAGCCAGUUGAUCACAGCUUGUAGCAGUGUGUAGGUUACUCUGUUGCAGCACAGAACUUGUCUUUGCUGAGCAUUGUAUCCUAUCAUUUUUCCAGCCUGCUGAGAUCUCUCUGAACCUGAAGGGACCUCCAGUGUGUCAGUCACCUCUCCCCAUUGGACACCCCCAGUGUCCUCCAUCCCCAUGUCCACCUUGUUAAUGAAGACACUAAGCACCCCUAAGAAUUUAUAGCUGAGGGAGGUCACUUCUAACUGGCCAUAGUUGGACUGUGUAGAACAACCCUUUGAUCAGAGUCCCUUGAAUCUGACGGUCCAGACCAUCUUCCAUCCAACUCAUCAACCACUUAGCCAUUCACUCUCUGUCUUGAUAGUUUAAGAAUACUGUGGGUCUGUGCUAAAGGCAAUGUAUACAGCAUCCACUACUUUCCCUGUGUGUCCAGAGCAUUUCUUCAAAGAGCAAGUUACAGCAUCUCUGAUGAGUGCCUCAGCCAAGAAGAGCUAAGGAACUGGGCGCCUUCUUUCAGUAGUAAGGAGUAAUAGAGGGGAAUGUUUACUGAUAACAUUAAUGCUGAAAGUUAUUUGUUACACUCACGUGGAUUCUCUUCCCUCUCUCGCAUCCUCAUCCCCAUGUGCAUGUUAAUGAUGGCAAUGGCCUUCUGUCUAUUGAUGCAGAUACUGGGUUCCACCAGCACCUCUGUCAACCUGAUGUUACUCUUGAUGGCUGUGGAAGUUGUUGCUCUGGCAGCCACUGGUAACUGUGUCUGGUAACAGGAGUCUGUAAAGUCAACCUGCCAGUCUUGAAGACUUUCAGUUCUUUAAAAAAAUAAAUAAAUAGUGUUCAGGAAUUAAUUACAGUAAAAAAACGGCUAAGUACUGUUUCAUUUUUACAGGCUUAUAGUUACUUUCACAUUGGAAACAGAGAAGCCCAUAUGCAGGUAAAGUGAUACGCAGAGAGGCAACUGGAAGAGCUGAUGGCAGGAAGGAGCAGCUGUUACUCAGGGCUGUGAGUUCGCUGACCUGGAGCUUCCCAAACGUUCGUUCCAGAUUCAAACUUCAAAACACAUUUUUCACCUGCCAAGCCAGGUCAGGACAGGCUCGGAGCUGAGCAGGAGGGGCCACCUGGGGGCAUCGCCCACUCACCGGCUGCCGGUCAGCGCGGCGCAGAGCUGUCGCAGAAGGCUCUCUGCUGCUCCGGGCUUACAGUGAAUCGUUCCCUCUAUCAGCUCCUGAGCGAUGUCGAACUCUUGCUUUGCUAAAAACUUGAAGCAUCAGGAAGGGAAAAAGCAAUUACAAAUUAGAAGAUCAGGGAAGGGGCACGGUCCGUGGCUGAGGGGGGCCGCUGAGGGGGGCUCCCGCGCUCCGAGGCGCCCUCACCCGCCGCAGCUGGGACCAAUUGCUCAGCUUGGCGGCCAGCGAGCAGCCGUUCCUGUAGGCGUCGGGCUGGAUGUGGGCGGGGAAGCGGCGAGACAGGAUCUCCGCCACCAGGUACCCGUUGGAGAAGUCCCUGUCGAGACAACGCGAUGGGAGCUGGCACCGCCUCCCCCUCCCGCCCGGCCCGGCCCGGCCCGGCCCGAUUUUCCCAAGUCAAGUUUGAAAGUCACUCUGCACAGCUGAAGAAAAUGAGUAUCUACAAAGCCGAGCCCUAUAGCUCUCUCACGUGAAAACAGACCUGAAAACAGAAUGAUGGUUUAAAUGUUAAUGCUCAUAUGGUAUUUUGGAAGAAUCAACAAUGUGAAGAAUGAGACUUGAACACAAAAUAAUCGAGAGCAAGACUGGGAAAAUAGAAAAGAAAAGCUACAGAUGUUGGAACUGAAAUCAGAAAGUAUAAGUCUAAGUAAAUAAAAAAAGGAAUUGACAAUUGA